AGCCGGACCUUUGGGGGGGGGGGGGGACAAAAGAGCCGUCCCCCGCUGGCUCGGCCUCUCCCUCCUGCCCUCUUUCCCUCCGGGAAUCUCCAAGGCUAAAGCUGCGCUGCUGACCGCUGUCCGGCCGGCCUGUCCCGUCCUAUCCCGUUCGGCCGUUUCCACUGCUGGGGCAUCUCUCCUCCUCUUUCUCCUCCUCCUCGUCGUCUUCCACCCGCUCUUCGUCCUCGACGGUCGCAUCUUUCCCGCGCCCCACCUGGCCCCCGACAGGAGGAAAGUUGCGGGCGGCUGCGGGGCGGGCGGCAAGGGGGUGGCCAGGUAGGGAGCCCGAGGAUGGGGCUGUGCCCGCCGCCCUGGCCUUUCCUCGCCCUGGCUCUGCCCCUGCUUCUGCCUCUGGCCGUCCUCGGCUUCACGGACGAGACGCUGGAGAAAGUGGCCAAGUCCGAGGGCUACUGCAGCCGGAUCCUGCGAGCCCAGGGCACCCGCCGAGAGGGCUACAACGAGUUUAGCCUCCGGGUGGAGGGCGACCCGGAGAGGUACCAGCCGGGACACAGCUACCGAGUGACCCUCUCUGCUGCCACACCUUCCUACUUCAGAGGCUUCACACUGAUCGCCCUUAAAGAGGACCGAGAAGGAGACAAGGAAGAAGACCAUGCCGGGACCUUCCAGAUCAUUGACGAAGAAGAAACGCAGUUCAUGAGCAACUGUCCCGUGGCCGUCACGGAAAGCACACCACGCCGGAGGACCCGCAUUCAGGUUUUCUGGACGGCCCCGCCGGCCGGGACGGGCUGUGUGAUUCUGAAGGCUAGCAUUGUGCAGAAGCGCAUAAUUUAUUUCCAAGAUGAAGGGUCUCUCACCAAGAAACUCUGUGAGCAAGAUGCAAGUUUUGAUGGAGUGACUGACAAGCCCAUUCUAGAUUGCUGUGCCUGUGGGACUGCUAAGUACAGACUGACAUUUUAUGGAAAUUGGUCCGAGAAAACACAUCCAAAAGACUAUCCACGACGUGCCAACCACUGGUCAGCGAUCAUCGGGGGAUCUCAUUCCAAGAACUACGUGCUGUGGGAAUAUGGCGGCUACGCCAGCGAAGGAGUAAAGCAAGUGGCCGAGCUGGGUUCGCCGGUGAAAAUGGAAGAAGAAAUUCGGCAACAGAGCGAUGAAGUUCUGACCGUCAUUAAAGCGAAAGCGCAGUGGCCAGCUUGGCAGCCCCUCAACGUGAGAGCAGCCCCAUCGGCAGAAUUUUCAGUGGACAGGACGCGCCACCUGAUGUCCUUCCUGACCAUGCUCGGCCCGAGCCCGGACUGGAACGUGGGCUUGUCGGCGGAAGACCUCUGCACCAAGGAGUGCGGCUGGGUCCAGAAGGUGGUCCAGGACCUGAUUCCGUGGGACGCUGGUACCGACAGCGGGGUCAGCUAUGAGUCACCCAACAAGCCUACCGUUCCUCAAGAGAAAAUCAGACCACUGACCAGCCUGGACCAUCCCCAGAGUCCUUUCUACGAUCCAGAAGGAGGGUCCAUCACGCUUGUAGCAAGAGUUGUCAUCGAGCGAAUUGCUCGUAAGGGCGAACAAUGCAAUAUCGUGCCUGAUAAUGUCGAUGACAUUGUGUCAGAUUUGGCUCCCGAAGAGAAAGACGAAGAUGACACCCCUGAAACCUGCAUCUAUUCCAACUGGUCCCCGUGGUCGGCCUGCAGCUCCUCCACCUGCGAGAAGGGCAAAAGGAUGCGACAGCGCAUGCUGAAAGCCCAGCUGGAUCUCAGUGUGCCCUGCCCUGACACGCAGGACUUUCAGCCAUGCAUGGGCCCGGGCUGCAGCGACGAGGAUGGCUCCACGUGCACAAUGUCCGAAUGGAUCACCUGGUCUCCGUGCAGCGUCUCCUGCGGUAUGGGGAUGCGGUCCCGGGAGAGGUAUGUCAAGCAGUUCCCCGACGAUGGCUCCAUGUGCAAAGUGCCAACAGAAGAGACGGAGAAAUGUGUGGUCAACGAGGAUUGCUCUCCCAGUAGCUGCCUUCUGACAGAAUGGGGAGAAUGGGACGAAUGCAGUGCUACCUGUGGAAUCGGGCUGAAAAAGCGCCACCGGAUGAUCAAGCUGAGUCCAGCCGACGGAUCCAUGUGCAAGGCCGAGACCAUGGAGACGGAAAAGUGCAUGAUGCCCGAGUGCCACACCAUCCCGUGCAUGCUGUCACCCUGGUCCGAGUGGAGCGACUGCAGCGUGACCUGCGGGAAGGGGCUGCGGACGCGGCAGAGGAUGCUGAAGUCGCUGGUGGAGCUAGGAGACUGCAACGAGGAUCUGGAGCAGGUGGAGAAGUGCAUGCUGCCCGAGUGCCCAAUCGACUGUGAGCUGACCGAGUGGUCCCAGUGGUCCGAGUGCAACAAGUCGUGUGGGAAAGGCCACGUGAUCCGGACGCGGAUGAUCAAGAUGGAGCCGCAGUUCGGGGGGGCUCCCUGCCCCGAGACCGUGCAGCGGAAGAAAUGCCGGAUCCGGAAAUGCCUGCGGAAUCCGUCCCUCCAGAAAAUGCGCUGGCGAGAGGCGCACGAGAGCCGGAAAGCCAACCACGGGAAAGACGAUAGCGACGGGGAACAGUACCCAGGUUGCCGAAUGCGGCCGUGGACAGCUUGGUCGGAAUGUACCAAACUGUGCGGGGGAGGAAUUCAGGACCGCUUCAUGACCGUAAAGAAGAGGUUCAAGAGCUCCCAGUUUACCAGCUGCAAGGACAAGAAGGAGAUCCGAGCGUGCAAUGUCCACCCCUGUUAGCGAAGCCCGGGGCCUCAGAGGGACACCGCCUGCACAAAAUGGAAAGUCAACCUUGAUUUGUGUUUUUUUUUAAAAAAAAAAAGCCUAUAAAGUGUGGAUAUUAGUCUUCAUUUUUGCCGUGUGGUUUGCUUAUUAGUCUUGCAGGUGCAAGAAGCCUAUUUUAUAAAUAUUUCCUCACAAACGUUCGCUGAGAGCGACUCUUUGGCUAGCCCUUAACGCAUAAAAACUAGUAGUCACCCGACCGUAGGCAUUUCGAACUGGGAUGGACACCCUGCGGGUGGUCGCUUGGCGGAGUCCAGGAGAGAGUACGGAGAGAAGACCGGGGGAGGGGGCUGAGAAGGUGGGAUGGGGGUGAGGGACUGGGAUGGAGGGAGAGGGAGUAAAGAACCCAAAAGGGCAGAAGAACUAGGAUAAAGGGACAAGUUUCAGAGCAUGAAGCCGCGUUGUCCAGUGGUCAGAGCAGGGGCCUGGGAGUGCAGAGGACCUGGGAUCUAAUCCCAGCUCUGCCACUUGUCUGUAUCGACACUUACUUUCUAUGUAGCUCAGUUGCCUCAUCUGCAGAAUGGGGAUUCGCGACCUGUUCUCCCUCCUACUUAGACUAGGACAGACACUAUCUUGAUUAUCUUGUGCCUCCCCUACCGCUAGUCAUAUAGUAAGCGCUUAACAAAUACCAUAAUUAUUCAUAGUAACUAGGGUUCUGGUUUUAGAUUAUCCACAGUCCAGCCCUUCCCGACCAAUAGGAUCAAGGAUAAGGGUAAGGAAUUACGUCUCCUCUUGGGCAGGGAAUGGGUCUACCAACUCUGUUGCGGUGUCUUCACCUAAGUGUUUUGUGUUGUGUUCUGCUCACAGUAAGCACUCAACACAUUCCACUGAUUGAUUGGUGGUGGGCAGAAUUCUCUACUCUCUUGUCCGAACAAACCUGACGGGAUUCAAAGUAACGUUCAGCCUCCUGCUCGUUUUCAUCCUGAGGAUUUUUAAAGUCCUGGCAGAAUCUCAGUUCUUCGAGGGGAAUAUUAGUUUGUAGGAUUUUAGUGGGAAUAGUAGCAUGGCCAUUAGAUUAAUUCUCUUUUCUAAUUAAGAAAUUAUGAACCCGUUCAUCUUUGCUGGAGAUAGUCCCGGAUGCGCAGAGGAAAAGAGAGCUAACUGGCAGCUGGCAUCUCAUUCGCCGGAUGGCCAUCCUUAUUAAGGCUGAGAGGUUCCAAAGAAGUGAUUUCCUCUCGGUCACUUUGUUGGAUCAACACCAGGUAACCCACCACAUAGACGUAGUGGAAUUCGGGGCUCUUGGCUCCCUCCCCUCUCCGACCGGGACCCCCCUCAGCUGAGAUCCCACCAAACUAUCCUGAGGAACAGCCGGAAUGAUUGGAGAAUGAUCUCCAAGCUAGGGAAUUACCCCUCCUUGGGAAGCAGUGGGCAAUUGGAGCAACCUCGAAAGAGAUGUUGAGGGAAAGGUCUGUCUGCCAAGACUUCCAGAGUUCAGUCGAUGCUAUGGAGGUAGAGAAUGGCCCACCCAGCUUUGGGUCUUCCAUGUUGGGCCCAUCUGCUUCCGCUCCUUAUCCUGCCUCAUGUACUUGUGCAUUCGGCAGGUUACAGAAAUCACUCCGGUGGGGGUCUCGAUUAUUGCAUCGCUGAAUCGAAAGGGAUGUGGGAAUGUGGGAAUCUCUAGAAUGGUUUGGCUUUCUCUCCUUAUGAUCAGCCUGCCGGGCCCGUCGCCAACACCCCAUUCCCAUCAGAUGGAGGGAUGGCGGUCUCUCUCCGAAACAGGAAAGGGCAGUCCGCGAAGAAAUCAUUCCCGUGCCCGUCAACAUCCCGCAUGCUUGAGUUUCCUAUUCCAGACUCCCAGUCCCUCAGCUUCCCCGGUGGAGUCCUUCCCCAUUUUCUCAAAUGCCCUCUUCCCUUAGUCCGCUGAUCGGCCCUUCGGUUCAUUUGGCUUCCUGGAGCUUUGAACUGAUGACCAUCUUUCUAACUUGAGAAAAAUAAAGAAAUAUUUAAGCUUGUUACUUUUUUUAAUAAAAUUUGAAGAAAAAAAGAAAAAGGUUGAUUUUCUAGUAAGAUCAAAACUCUGAUACCUAGUAUGUAAAACUAUUGCAAUGUUACUGUAAACUUUCUAGUAGCGUACUAACCCACUGCAUAUCGGUCAAUAAAGACGAAAGGUGUUAUCUCUUGUUGUCACUCGCGAAUAAUAUCCGCUACUUUCCUACUGAAAGCACAUCUGUCACUUCAGUGUUACUAUUCAGUGUUUUGUACCCCUCACCGCCCCGUUUUUUUUUAGCUUAUUGCCGUGUACGUUUUUAUUCUAACUUAAGAGAUGAGAAGAUUUACAAAGAAUGAAUGAGAAAUGUCUCAUCUAUUUACUACAUGCAUCAUGGAAAUGUUUUAGUUUUUGUUUUUUUGUGCUGUUGUCUGGCCGGAGGAAUUAUGUUAAGAUGGUCGCCUAUCUAUUUCUUUACCAAAGUCUCGUGAAGGUGGUCUGUAGUUGUCUGGCUAACACUUCGUUAUUUUGGAAUAAAAACUCCUUUCCUAUGAAAA